AAACACCAGAUACUUCAAAAGAGUUUUUACAUCUGCUGAUUGUUAAAUAUCAGCGUAUAUUCGUAUGAUGAAUGCUAUUUUACACCGCAGUAUUGAUACUUACUUCAUCUUUAAUACUGGAUUUGUGUGUUCGGUGUUACACCCUGGGACGAUUACCAUCAAAUAAAUUACACAGAAUACACUCGAAUAUCGGAAGUGAACCAAAAAUGACCUAUAAUUUAGGUGGUGGUCAAAUUUUGAUGAGCUGCUUCAGAAAUAAGCAAGGACUAUUGAUUAGGACAUAUGCAGCUAGAAUCAAAAAUCCAAAGGCAUCCAUAAUUCUAGUUCAUGGUGUUAGAUCCCACUUCAGAGCUGAUUACUCCGCAUAUAACCUUGAUUGGCAUUGUAAGCACAUUGGCGAUUCUGUAACCAGCAAGGCUUUGGAAGUUAGUACCAUGGAAUUUAACCAUGUAUUUGCAAACUCAAGGUUAAACUCUAAUGAAACAUUUGAUAACCAAUUUUUACAUGGAAAGAAUGUUUUGGAUACAACUCCAAGGUUUCAAUAUGAAGGUAGUUUUAUUGAAUGUUUAAAUAAUAUGGGAUUUUCCAUCUAUGCCUUAGACCUGCAAUCUCACGGGUUAUCUGAGGGUUUUAGCGGGAAAAGGUGUUUGGUUAACAAAUUUGAUGAUUUUGCCCAUGACGUUAUACAAUUCAUAGAUAUUGUCAAACGUAACCAAUUCGAGAACAAGGAAGAAAAAUGGAACCCAGAUUUGUUUACUCAUGAUACUGUAAAUGAUGGUAAUAAGUAUUAUUUGGGUGGUUUAUCAAUGGGUGGAAACAUUGUCAUUAGAACAAUUCAAUUGUUCAAUAAAUAUUCAAAAUCCAAAACAAGGCUUGUUGAUGGAUUGUUGUGUUUGUCUGGAAUGCUUAACAUAGACUAUCACUUUUCUGGUUACCUUAAGCAGGCCAGUUUCCCUUUGAUUAGAUUUUUGGCUAAGAUAAGACCACAUUGGACUCUGAUCUUAGAAGAAGCUGGGCAAUAUGCUGAAACAAUAAGUCUAUUUAUGAGAUAUCACGACCCCCUAUAUCAUUCCAAGAGGUUGCCAUGCAAAAUGGUUGUCACAUUGUUCGAUGCUACAAAGACUUUAGAAAGGGAUAUGUUAUACUAUCCAAAAGAUUUGCCCACUUUGGUGAUACAUUCCACAGAUGACAAAACUUGCGACGUAAAGGGAGCAAGGGAUUUUGCAAAUGUCCACUUUAAAGACAAUGAUAAUGUUCAGCUUGUCGAAAUAGAUGGAGAAGCUCACGUUAUAUCUUCUCCAUUAUACACACCCAUAGUUUCACCUAUCAUUUCCAAGUGGUUUGAUGGAUUAUCCAAAGCUUAGGGCCCUAAGUUUACCCGAAGUUUUAAUCCUCUUGUGGGAGCUAGACGAAUUGCGCAUUGUAUAACCAAUAAAUCGCAAUAUGGAGAGAGAGACAAACCGCAUAGCAUGGAACUUUCAUGUAUUUUAUAAUUUAAUACAAUCG